AUGGCUUGCAUAGGCUUACUUGAAGUCUUUAUUGCUUUCCAUGUCUAUAUCUUCUUCCGUUACUUGAUCCACAAGAAACCUCAUCAAAUCUUACCUAGAAACUGGCCUGUUCUCGGGAUGCUUCCUGGUGUGCUCGGCAUGCUUCAUAGGAUUAAUGACUACGUCGUGGAGAUUCUCGAGGUCUCCAACUUGAAUUUUGCAUUCAAAGGCCCAUUGUUCUCUGGAAUGAACAUGUUGAUCACUGAAGAUCCUGCAAACAUUCAACACGUUUCCAGAUCUAACUUCUCCAAUUAUGACAAAGGAUCGGAGUUCAAAGAGAUCUUUGAUUUUCUUGGAGAAGGGAUCUUCACUGCUGAUUCGAAACUCUGGGAGGAAAUGAGGAAAUCCGCACUGGUCAUGCUUAGCCAUCGAAGGUUUCAAGGCUUCUCAUUGAAGACCAUCACAAGUAAAAUCAAGGGCGGGCUUAUGCCAGUUCUUGAUCAUUUUGUAGAGGCCAAUACGGUUUUAGAUUUACAAGACGUUUUCCAGAGGUUAGCGUUCGAUGUAACCCUAACUCUGGAUAUGACGAAGAACGAAUAUGCGAAAGCUAUGGAUGAUGCUGAAGAAGUUGUUGUGGUUAGACAUGUUAAGCCUAUGAUCUUGUGGAAGCUACAAAACUGGAUUGGAAUCGGAGAAGAGAAGAAGAUGAUUAAAGCUAAUGCUGCUUUUGACAGAUCAUGUGCAAAGUAUAUAUUUGCAAAAAGAGAGGAGAUGCAAAGUCGUCAUCACUCCAAUAAUGGAGAAGAAGCUCAUGAUGAGGAUUUACUAAGCUUCUACAUGAAUCUAGAUACUUCUAAGUAUGAGAUUUUGAACCCAAAAGACGAUAACUUCCUCAAAGACAUCAUCAAGAGUUUCAUGCUUGCCGGAAGAGACGCUAUUGCCACAACUCUCACUUGGUUCUUCUGGCUUCUCUCCGAGAACCCUGAAGCUGUGACCAAGAUACGCCAAGAGAUCAACACAAAUCUACCAAGACCUGGAAAGAGUUUAGAUACAGAGGAGUUAAGCAAGAUGGUGUAUUUUCAUGGUGCAUUAUGUGAAUCAUUAAGGCUCUAUAUAUGCUCCAAUCCCGUUCGAGCGAAAGUCUCCCAUCAAGCAAGCUGUGCUUCCUAG